CGCGAGCCUCACAGUCCUUUUGUGUGUGCUGGUUGUUAGCAGUAGCAAACAGGCAGGUUGGCGUGUGCCUUUUUGAAAAGGCGUUACAAUAAAUAUUACCAGAAAUAUUUCGUUUGGAAACCGUCGAAAGGGUUUACUGUUAAUUUCUCAAUAUCGUUUUUUAGAAUAUUCGUUUAGUAAUGUCGAUGGGCAUCGAGUCGGGAUUCUCAAGUGAGGAGGUUCUUAAUGUUCGAUACCCACUCCACCGGGCGUGCAGAGAUGGAGAUAUCCGUGCGUUGUGCUCGCUUCUUCAGUGCACCACGAACCCGGCGGACCUAACGGUUGAGGACUCUUUCUACGGCUGGACACCUAUACAUUGGGCUGCUCAUUUUGGAAAGUUGGAGUGUGUAAUGCGUCUGGUGCAGGUGGGCUGUGGCGUAAACUCGGUGACCACGCGGUUCGCCCAGACGCCCACUCACAUCGCUGCCUUUGGGGGCCACCCAGAGUGCAUGCUGUGGCUGCUGCAAGCUGGAGCUGACAUCAACAGACGGGACUACGUGGGUGAGACGCCCAUUCAUAAGGCUGCCCGUGCUGGCAGUUUGGAAUGUGUCAACGCUCUCCUGGUUCAGGGGGCGAAAGCUGAUAUGAGGAACGCUAGUGGGCUGUCCGCCGCUGACCUAGCCCAUGCCCAGGGGUUCCAGGAGUGUGCUGAAAUACUCUCCAAUGCGCAGAACUUACAGCGGAACCAGACCCCAACCCAGCCUAAUGGCUUUUGUCUGAACGGUGCCGCCCAGAAUGGCAGUCAUUCUCACCCCAUUAUCCAAGGGCGGAGCCUCCUGAAUGGGGCGCCCAAUAGAAAAAGGUCAUUUGAUAACAUGGAAGCCAAUCAAAUUAAGAAGGCCAGAACUGAAGGUCUAGAUCAGCCACUGGGGAUGCUGAACGGGAAUGGGGCGCUGUGCGGUGUCGGGGAGCUCCUGGUGGAGAGCAUGGAGUCAGCGCCGCCGGAAUGGAGCUCAGGUGGGCCGGGACCCUUUGUGUUUGGAAUGAAUGAGGCUGCGCCGGUGCCGGGCCUGGUGGACCACGGCCAGGGGGGGGUGGAGAUGUCCACCCCGGCCCCUAAGGAGCUGGAGAUCUUCACUGUGGCCUCCAUGCAGAUCCCCUGUCGCUGCACUAACUCCUACGCCUACCUGUAGUGAGGCCUUUCCAUGUGGAGUGGGACCCACUUGUGGUUUUAUCGUGGCAUAAUGGCCGCCAGGUCCUCUGGCCAGGUUUUCCCCACCAAUGGUGGACGAGUACUGCCAUUGUUGGGGUUUGGCAUGGGAAUUAUGUAUUGUUUAUAGUCUUGCUGUCCUAGAUAUGAGGGAGUAAAAGCAUCAUUGCAUUGAUACUGUAAUUGGUGGGGGGUGGGGGGGGGGGCACUUUUGUUUUAUAAGUACAAGUAGUUUUUAUUGAUCCAUGAAAUUGUUGAAUACUCUAGUGGUUUUUCUCAAAGCCCCUUACAAUGAUCGAAUUCUGUUUUGCACAGUUGUCGCUCCACUGCCCUUCGUGCACCUAUGGUAACGUUCAUAGGCGAAGGUAAUAUGCUGAACAUUCCUGUCCAUGUAGAAAUGCCUGCACCUUGGGAACACAGUAUUGAAACCGUAUUGUCCGGGGAAAAUAAGAGAGGGUUAGGACUUCUGUUUGUUCAAGUCUUUGAGGCUGCACUGACAUUCGACUUUGCAUAAAGCAAUGACAGAAUAUUUACCUUUAUGACGAUUUACACAUCUAGGGAUGUCUUCACUGAGUACUGUAUUUAGUUAGUAUCAUUCCCCCAUUGAUGUACCACCACUUAUGUAAUGGGUUAAAGGCAGUCCUAUAAGUCCAACUCAUGUCAGCAUUAAGGAGCUAGAAAAUGUUCUUUCCCUUAGAGUAAAGUAUAGGUAAAUUAGUAAAAAAAAAAAGGGACAAUAUUUUUUUGUUUUGCUAACACCCCUGAGCAAAUCGACCAUUUACAAAUGUGUAUUGUAGCUAUAAUGCAAUUGUUUUUAUAUUUAAAAAAAAUCCUGCUAUGCCAAAGCAUAUCUUUACAUGAAUGUAUACAGUACAUAAUAUAUACCUUCGCUGUGCAGCUUUUCUAUAUUAUGUAAGCUUUUAGGUAUUUCAAAGGUGCUGUUUGACUGGACUUUGUCUUAUUAGCUAGCAGGCUGGUCUGGUUUUUAUCCUAUUGCCCUCUCUUUGCCCAUUAUACGUUUCCAGGAUCAGACUUUGUACUCUUCUAUGUAUAGCCUAAUUUGUCUGUUGUUAAAAAAUAUUUUUUACCAUUUCUUAGUGUCUGCAACUUUAUUUAGCAUUUUAUAUUAUGUAGUAUUGCUGUGCUAACUGUUUUAAUUACAAGAUGUUGAAUUGUUUGUCCCUAGUGAUUGGGAUUAGUAUUCCUAAGUUUUUAAUGAAGCAAUGCAAAACUCCUUUCUCCAGGCUGGAUAAUACUUUCUAUUGGAAUUGUAUUGAAAAUGAUUGCAGUAAAUUAAUCUUAUUAAAUGUCACAUUUCAUUAUCUUUAUGCAUAAAAUACCAUUCUUCUGUCAAGCAGUCUGCUCUCAGUUCAAAUUACAAUUACAGAUGUUAUUGAGUAGAUGGCAUUUAUUGAUGCAAAUCAGAGUGCUUAGUGCUAAUUAGUUCUGUAAACUUUAAACAUUAAAUGUUCAGUCAUUUGAAUAACAUGA